GAGAGAGAGAGAGAGAGAGAGCAAAUUCCUCCGCGUUGUACAGGUUAUGAAUAUUUGUUGCUGAAACUUGAAUUGAGCGGAAGAAAGGAAAACAUCUAGGCUACUUUCGUUGUCGCGUUUUUGUUUUCUUCUCACACGAGACAACUAGACUUUCUCAAGCGGCUGGCAUAGGCUAUUAUCCAAAGAAACCGGCGAUUUAUAUCUGUAUAUUCUGCAGAAAAAAAACAAUGGCUUUUAUGUUUAAACACAUGAUAGGGGGGCAGCUGAAGGAUCUUACCGGGGGUCUUGGAGAAGAAAAACCAGAAGGAGAAAAGUCAGAAGCUGGAGCAAAAGGAAUGACACACGAAGAGUUCGAACAAUAUCAAGAACAGUUGGCGGAGGAGAAGAUUGAGCGAGAUGCCAGUUUUGCCCAGAAGAAGGCUGAACGGGCCACGGUCAGGAGCCACUUCCGGGAAAAAUAUCGACUUCCAAAAAGUGAACUGGACGACACGCAAAUUCAGGCUGCGGCAGAUGACGUGGAGUUGCCCACAGAACUGGCCAAGAUGAUCGCUGAAGACAACCAGGAGGAGGAGCAAAAGCAGUCUGUCCUGGGUCAGCUGACCAACAUUCAGAACGUAGAUAUUGAUCAGAUAAAAGAGAAGGCCCAGUCCGCCCUCGAAGACAUUAGACAGUCGGCUGAAAAGUGUGAUGUCAUGUAAUCCAGGCAGAGCUGGACUGCUGAUUGAGGAUCGGAUGUUUCCUCAGCUCCGAUGACUUCAGGGAGAAUAUAGAGAAUAAAUCAGAUCCAUAAACAGCAUAAUGAGAUUCUUUGUGAAAUACAAGCUCCCACCCAAAGCCAAACAAUCAUAUAUACAUUUGAAGUGUUUGUUGAUAUUGCAAAUAAUGUGUGCCACACUGAAUACAUGUUAUGCUUUGUCAUAUUAGUGGCUUAAGGCAAUAAUUAUCUGUUAACAUCUUUCUACUUGUUGUUCUUUAGUGCUUAAAAUAUGUUGUAUUUGUUUAUAUGUGAUUGACUAUUCUACAUCUACUUUAAAUAAGCCAGAAAAUGUUACAAAAUACAUUAUUCUGGUCUGCUGAAUACAUAUUACUAAAAAGUAUAAAAUACUAAACUGCUUAAAUGAUACUAUUAAACUAUGUAUGUAUUUGCACCUUUUUAUGUACUCAGUCAGUAUAUUGAUGUAUUUAUGUGAAGUGUGUAGAUGAAACAUUAAUUUGUUUUUUUAGGUGAAAGAGAACCUAAAUAUAAACUUGUAAACAGUCUUUUUUAAAUUUCUUUUUGUAUACAAUUUAUUUAUUUAUUUAAUGUCAGUCAGGGUUAUUGUAGUUAAAGUUUUUUUACUUGAAAUAAAAUAAAUGUUAACUGAAAUAAAAUAUUAAAAACAAUUUUGUCAUUU